AUGGGGAUACAGGUUGGUGCAGACGUAUUGGUGUAUGGAGGUACCGACAGUGGCACAGGUUACUGGUGGCGAGGUGUACAAAGCACCGUGGUAGUGACGGGGGUACAGGUUACUGGUAACGGCACAGUGGCAGAGGACAGCAGCAGUACUGUGUUUGGCCAGACACUCCGACUGGUGUCCCCACUGGGCAACGGAAUUGGGAGACUUGAGGUGUACUAUAACCGAACGUGGGGCACUGUGUGUGACGAUUCCUUUGGUGCCUAUGAAGCUAAAGUAGCCUGCAGACAGCUAGGACUAUACAUGCUCAUAAAGAAGAAGAAAAUUAUCGAGACCGUACCCCGCAAGAGAAAACAGUUCUCAGCUACUGUCGGAGCAGGAGGUUACAAAGGCAAGACUUGUCUCCACCACCAACACACCAGGAGAGGAGUGCUGGAGCUGUACUAUGGUGGACAGUGGGGACGAGUCUACUACUUUGGGUUCGGAGUUGAAGAUGCAACAGUAGCCUGCAGAAUGUUGGGACACAACACCAUUGGGGCCAACGCCAGCUCAUCUCCAAACACCGGCAGUGACUCACGGCGUGUUCUCCCUGAAAUAACCCGUUGUCGUGGAACUGAAUUCUCCCUCAAUGAAUGUGCUCACACCCCUGCAUCGAUUACCACUUCGUCAAGUGUAGUCCGAAUAGUGUGUCCGCCUGAUAAUCUUGAAAUACGCUUGAAUUCGACAAGUCAAGGGCGGGGCCGCGUAGAAGUAGUUCACAACAAUGUCUGGGGAACAGUCUGUAGAGGGUCGUCGUUUUCCUCAAAGGAAGCACAGGUUGUUUGCAAAAUGGCAAAUCUUCCUUGGACCACAGCCUCUGUCACAACGUCUUAUGGUCCCGGAGAAGGUCUUAUUGGGAUGAGUAACGUCGACUGUUUGGGGUCAGAGACCUCCCUAGACGAGUGUCUCCACUCAGGAUGGGGAACAGCACCAGGCUGUUCUCACAGUAGUGAUGUCGGAGUUGUAUGUGGUGGAAAUACUGUAAGUAUCCACCUGGAACCGCCAGGUAGUGUCCUCAGCGUCCUUCUCGGUCAAGUGAUCAGCGUCAAGUGUGUGGUCGAUUACUCUAACACUACAGUCACGGUGUUCAGGUGGACACACAGCGGACGUUCCGACAGUGGACAAACAUUCAGUAAAACAAUAACAUCCAAGUCUGACUCGGGCACGCUGACAUGCAGUGUCCAGAAUGUGAUGGCCUCCACUCGAAUCAACGUACUGUACCCUCCGGAAGUACAUCUGGAACCGAGAGAUGACAGCAUUGAUGUUGGUGUCGGUGAAGACCUCCGUGUGCAGUGUGUCGUGGAUGAUGCCAACCCUAGUGUCAACACAUUCAGGUGGUCACACAACGGACGAACAAGUGCUGGGUUGACCUUCCUCAAACGUAACGUAACCAAGUCUGACCAAGGACAACUGACCUGUACUGCUGACAACGGACACUGGAUGACACCAGGACGGGCAGAUGCAACUGUUAAUGUCAGAUAUCCACCGGAUAUCCACCUGUCAACAAGGCAAGAUGUUAUCAGUGUCAUGGCUGGGCAUGUCGUUGAAGUUGAAUGUGUCGUUGAAGAUGCAAACCCUGCCGUCACCUCCUACAUAUGGCGUCACAACGGCGAUAUCAGUUACGGGCAGACGUUUCUUAAACACGUGUCAUCUUCUGAUUCGGGGAACCUAUCGUGCUCUGCUACCAAUAGACAAGGGACAUCAACUGUACAAACAGGCAUCGAAGUCUUGCAAGCUUACUCUUUGAUCGGGGACAAUGAGUAUCCAGUGUCGGUCAUAGCAACAGGAUCUGGCCUGGUCAUCCUCCUCCUCAUCAUCAUCAUCCUCAUCAUCAUCAUUAUCUACCAGAGGAGGAGAAUGAAGACUGCAAAACCUAUUGAGAAUCCACAGAGAACUGCACAGACCACCAGGACAGAUGUUGGAGGGAGCCAGCAGAUUUACGAGACCAUGGAACUGCCAAGUGGGGGUGCUGAUAAUACAUACUGCGCACUUGGAAUGACCCAAGUGAGAGAUGACGAUCCCAUUUACAUCUAUGGCAACCUUGGAUUUGAAGAUGAAGCAAACACACGCCAAGAGACUGGAACUGCUUCGGGCCAAUCCUACGGUGACAUCCAGCUUGAAACGAGCAAUAACAUACGAAAACAAAGAGCAAAAGACAAGAAAGUAAAACCAACCAAAGCACAGAAAGACGACGACGAGCCAACCUAUCAAAACACCGUCGUCAGGAACUAGUCGUUUUCAUGACUAUAGAUACCGAUAUCAUCACGAGACCUGGGCACAUAUCUGCAUCAAUCGUCAGGAACUAGGAUACUGACAUCCUCACGUGACCUGGCCACAUAUCUGCAUCAACGAUUAGAAUUUACUAUAAUGUAUGUUAGCAUGUGCAUGCCCAUCUGCUAUGUUUGCCAUAGUUGGCCCGAUGCCUAUAAAACUAGCCCCAUCACUGCAGUU